GUCCGUCUGCGGACGGGUUCAUGAUUGGAGCCGGUCAGCGGCCUUGGUAUCCGCACUAAUGUCACUGUUAACAAACAAGUGGCAGCGUGUGUGUGUCCUUCUCCUGAAAUCCAGGUGGAAAUGUGACCCACCAGAUGCUAAACUGCGCUCGCUCGUCACUGGAGUGCGCACGAAAGAAGUGAAGACUCGAUGCGGUGGCACUAACUCAGGAAGGUUGAAGGCGGCUGCUCAAUGGCCCAACAGGACUAUAAAGUGCAGAGACUUUGUGUGUGGGGAUGUUCAAAGAAGAAGUCUACACAUUUCCACUCCUCUUACAGAAGAAAAUGCACUUCAGUUCAAGGACAUUACAGAAGCUGCAUAUGAAAAGCUGGCAGAUGAAACACUGGACGCUCUGGCAGAAUACUUUGAGGACCUCACAGAUGAGAGCUUUACAGCGUCUGACUACGACGUUGUUUUUUCUAGUGGAGUCCUGACUGUGAAAGUGGGCGGUGACCAUGGCACCUACGUCAUUAAUAAACAGACACCAAACAGACAGAUUUGGCUGUCCUCUCCCACAAGUGGGCCAAAACGAUAUGAUUGGACGGGGGAGCGAUGGGUAUACGCCCAUGAUGGCAUGGCCUUGCAUGAUCUGCUCUCCAAAGAAUUUUCUGCCAUCUUUCAGUCAAACAUGGACCUGUCACAUCUCAUCCAUUCCUGAUGGAGGCAGAAGAAGGAACAAAGUCUGUCAGAAUCACCAUUUUGCUGUACCUUUACUUUCAGCGAUGCAGAUAAUAUGCUAGCAAAGCAGAACCGAUAAAGCAUUCACCAUUAUUGUUUGGGAUCAGAAAUGUUUUAUCAUGUAUUCACAUCCAAUACAUGUAAAGCAUUACAUGUCAUGCUAAAUGGCCUCAAUAAGAUCUCUCCCAGCCGUGAAACAUCUUAAAGUCAUGAUUUUAAAUGCUUUUGUUUAAGUACUAUUGCAAUACAAACGAAGCUGCCAAAAAGAACACACAAGCAUAUAAAAGGCUGCAUAAUUUGGACUGUUUUAGUCCAAAUUAUGAACUACAUGGUGCUUCAAUUACAGUAAUUGAAGUACUGUCAUCACCCCUCUUGUAAUUAUUUAACUCCAUAGGGCAAAUUGCAGUUACUGUUAAUACAUGCAUGGUUCAGCCCUGACAUGCAUUUGGUUAGUAACGAUUCAUUUGAAGCCAUCAAACCCUACAAAUGAAAAUCCCUUAAGCAUCACUUUCUGUUCUAAACUCUUUCUUUAUGGCCCAGAGUAGAAACUACUAGGAUAAUCCUGGCAAAUGAAUCUGGUUAGACUACAAUCGGAUUAAAGGGGUCAUUUUUUAAUGGCUCAUGGGCAGGUGAAAGAGACGAGCGGGCAGCCACAGUGAUUUGAAGCUUUUAACUCAGUGCCAGCAUUUAUGUCUGGACUUGUGGAGCGGAAGGAGGAGACAAAGAGGAAUUACUGCAGACAGUUAGAGGAGAGUGCUUUUGCACAGCAGCUUUUAGGACCAGAAUGUCUGUAGUGAUUUUGAUUGGCCUUCGUCUGUCUCUGAAAUGCUUCAGCAUCAGUUAUGUGAAUAUUUAGCCUCCAGGUGUAAUGCUAAUAAAGCUACAAUGAGUUAGAAUAUUGAAGGUGUAUGUUGGUAAAUAUGUGUCCAGGUUUUACAUGAAACAGUGUUUUCUACGUGUAGCCACGUUUUUCUUUUUUUCAUUUCCAGUUUUCAUUGUAUUUUGUGCAUAUAUUAUUGUGAUGAAUAUCUUCAUGAAAAUAAAUAAGUUAUGGUUUCUCCUCAGUUCUGCUGUAGGCCUA